AUGAGUUCACUGACCAUUUUACUUCAUCCUUCUCCAUUUUUAUUUACCAAUCCAUCAAACUCAAAGACCACCAUUUUCACUUUACCCAACAGACCAAGAAUUUUGAUUCCUCAAAGUGCUACAUUUUCUGCUUCACCAAAUCCCCCUCUUUGGACGAUUUCAGAGACAGUCAAGGCUGUUAAUGGCAGAAUCAUUAGGUGGGGUCCACCUGGAACAAUCUGUACGGACACCAGAACACUUGAACCGGGACAAUGGUUCCUCCCACUUGUUGGCCAAAACUUUGAUGCCCACAAUUUCAUUACCCCUGAAUUAGCCACUAAAGGCUGUGUUGGAGUGAUUGGGAACUGGGUUUGUGAGGGUUGGAACAAUGGGUUUGUAAAAGUGGAGGGUGAUACUCUAAGUUCUUUAAAAAGUUUGGGUUUUUAUGCAAGAAACAGGUUUAGUGGCUGUUUAAUUGGGUUAACAGGAAGUGUGGGAAAGACCACUACAAAGACUAUGAUAGCAUUGGCUUUGGAGAGUGUUGGAACUGUUUACUAUAGUCCAGGGAACUGGAACAAUGAGAUUGGGGUCGCGUUAUCGGUUAUAGGGAUGCCAAGGGAUGUGGGGUUUGGCGUUUUGGAGAUGGGGAUGAGCAGGGAAGGUGAGAUCUUGGAACUGUCUAGGAUGUGUAGGCCAAAUGUAAGGGUGAUUCUGAAUGUGAAUGCUGCACAUUUGGAGAAUUUCGCCAACUUGGAGGAGGUUUCCAUGGCGAAAGGGGAGAUUUUAAGAGAAGCAAUGCCGGGGGAUGUGUGUGUAUUGAAUGGUGAUGAUCCUCUUGUCAUGAGCCUCCCAGUUUCGGUUGGAGUUAAGAAGAUAAUCCCCUUGUUUCUCGGAAAAGGAUGUGGCGAGAAAUGA